AGCAAACAUGGACGGAGAAGCCAUCUUAUUGCCAGCUGCAAAUAUUUCAAAAGAAGAUGACGUCAUCGGAGAAAUCCCGACAACAUUUUUCGUCACUAUUUUCACGUGAGCAAAGCCUCAGGGGCAGAUAACUUAAUCUCAGGGGUAGAUAACUUAAUCUCAGGGGUAGAUAACUUAAUCUCAGGGGCAGAUAACUUAAUCUCAGGGGUAGAUAACUUAAUCUCAGGGGUAGAUAACUUAAUCUCAGGGGUAGAUAACUUAAUCUCAGGGGCAGAUAACUUAAUCUCAGGGGUAGAUAACUUAAUCUCAGGGGCAGAUAACUUAAUCUCAGGGGCAGAUAACUUAAUCUCAGGGGUAGAUAACUUAAUCUCAGGGGCAGAUAACUUAAUCUCAGGGGUAGAUAACUUAAUCUCAGGGGUAGAUAACUUAAUCUCAGGGGUAGAUAACUUAAUCUCAGGGGUAGAUAACUUAAUCUCAGGGGUAGAUAACUUAAUCUCAGGGGUAUAAAACUUAAUCUCAGGGGUAUAAAACUUAAUCUCAGGGGUAUAUAACUUAAUCUCAGGGGUAGAGAACUUAAUCUCAGGGGUAUAGAACUCAAUCUCAGGGGUAUAUAACUUAUACUCAGGGGCAGAUAACUUAAUCUCAGGGGUAUAUAACUUAAUCUCAGGGGUAUAUAACUUAAUCUCAAGGGUAUAUAACUUAAUCUCAGGGUUAUAUAACUUAAUCUCAGGGGUAAAUAAAAUAAUCUGAGGAGUAUAUAACUUAAUCUCAGGGGUAUAUAACUUAAUAUCAGGGGUAUACAACUUAAUCUCAGGGGAAUAUAACUUAAUCUCAGGGGUAUAUAACUGAAUCUCAGGGGUAGAUAACUUAAUCUCAGGGGUAUAUAACUUAAUCUCAGGGUUAUUUAUUUCAAUCUCGGUGGAAUAUAACUUAAUCUUAGGGUUUAUAACUUAAUCUCAGGGGUAUAUUACUUAAUCUCAAGGGUAUAUUACUUAAUCUCAGGGGUAUAAUACUUAUGUUUCUUAUUUUUUCCAUAUCAAACUUGUAGUUUCCCCUUAAAUAUCAGUAGCUUGUAUCAUAUAAUUGCCAUACGUUAUUUCUGUCUCCUGGCAGCCACUCGCAUUAGUCGAAUCCUGUUUUGUUGAGGAACAGUGGUAAUUUCUUGUGCAUUGUCGGUGCUGUUAAACUUUCUAUAUCAACAUGACAUGUGAUGCAAAAUAAAUGUUACAGAUUUUGCAAAUCCGCUCAAGCAGCCAUGUUACUAAUGUUACUCACUUUACUUACCCUUAAUUCUCAAAAUAUCGUAUUCCUAUUCUAUUAAUACCACUUAUCUUGACCGCACAUGUCUCUUAAACCUUGUCCUUAUUCCAUACCUGCAACAUGACCGCAAACAUACUGCCCUAGUUAUUGGCGACCAACAGAAUGUACAGGCGAAGAGAGGCCAACUUUUGAAUUCUCUUGCAUUAAUUAAAUGUGCUAAAAUUCUGACCAGCCAUCAAGACUAAUUAUCUGCAGAAGCGAUAUUGAGCACGAAACUCUUGAAUGGCCGCUCACAAGACCAGCCAUCAGCAGUGAACAGACAGACACACAUUCAAUAAAUCGUAUAGUGUUAAAAGUCUAAAAAUUAUAAUAUAACUAUUUCAAUUUACCCUAAUUAAAUUUGUUAAAAUAAUGUAAUAACCAGCCAAGUUUUAAUAUUAAAAUUUUAAUAAAGUAAACAUGAUUGUCAAAUAAGCUAACCUCACCCCCCCCUUCCCCCUAGUCAACAAUUAGUUAAACAUUUCCACCAUCCCCCCUAUUUUGUUGACAUAAUUAAUGGACGUACCAUUAACUUAAAUCUAGUUAUUUUAAUCCAAAUCUUAUUAAUUUAAGCCAAAAUUUAUAACAUUUAAUCCAUAUCAACAGCUACAAGUCGGAUGACCCACUUAUAUCGUUUAGCAAUAAACUAUUUGAGUACUACUUACUGGCCCUGAUUGGCGUGGGAAUUCCCGGAAAUCUCCUCACGGCCAUCACCUUGCAAACCAUCCUCCCACUGAGCGUGUCUUCUCUUCUAGUGUCUGUGGUCGCCCUUUUCGACAGCCUGGCACUGAUAGCAAAAGUCAUCGAAAACCAGCUGCUGCUAUACGACGUUGAGCUGAACACCUUCGCCUGCAACGCCCUCACGAUGUUCUCUGUGUAUCUCUCUACCGUGGCCAACUGGAGCCUUGUCUUACUGUGCAUGGAGCAGUACAUUGCGGUUGCCUAUCCACUGAAAAAGGAACUGAUGCUGACCAAGAGUAGGAGCUGCAUCGUGUCCAUCAUCGUCUGCCUGGCCAUGUUCAUCGGUUUCGUUGUGGCGUAUUUCCUGAAUUCUGAUUGGUUGAUAGAUGCACUUCCAUGCUGGAUGCGCACCGCGAAGACACUGCAGUCGUACCUGAUCAUAGAAAAUCUCCACGUCUUUGCGCCGUACAUUCUGGUCUUUGGUCUCGCUGUGUGCAUUUAUGUCGGGCACGCCAGCUUCUUAAAAAAGCACAAUAAGAUCGAACAAGAAAAUCGCGUUGUUGAAUCCGAAACUGGGCUGGCGAGCUCCUCGAAAGAAGUCGCUGAGGUUGACAAAAUCUCGUUUGAGGAGAAGAUGACGCUCGUCACUCUGACCAAAAUUGCAUCCGGGCUGUUCCUAGUUUUGGUCCUUCCCUAUUUUGCAUACGUCAUAAUUACAUUGGUGAGCAGUGUCUACAGCAUCUAUUUCAUCAAUACGACCGACUGGAUGUUGUUCACCCACAUCCGGUCAGUGUUGCUGGACACAACGUAUGCCAUCAAAUUUUUACUCUACUGUGUCUCGGGAACAUUCAGGAAACAUUUCAGACACAGAAUUCUCUGGUGUUAACGCCAAAAUGAAAAAUGAACUUGAAAUAAGUCUAAAAUGUGUUCUAAACAUGAAUGUUUUUGGUUCGAUGUCAAUGAGUUUUCGUAAUUGUGUUUUUAUCUUCAGCAAAGAUCAUUUCGUACAUUCUUUUAGUAGAGUGAGAAAUGACCAAAAACCUAAUGAACGAUUCUUUUCAUGAAAAUUGUCUUGACCCCCCCCCCCUUUUUUUACAAAGAUAAUGAAAUAUAAUAAAGUAUAUCUGUAAGUAUGUGUUUGUGUGUGUGUAAGUAGGCACUUGGUGGGGCUGCUACCUGUGUUGCUACCUGUGCUGCUACCUGUGUUGCUACCUGUGUAAAGCGUCAACGUCCUGCUGCUGUGUAUCUGCUGCUGUGUAUCUGCUGCUGUGUAUCUGCUGCUGUGUAUUUCAAUACUCUUGCUGUCAUGCUAUAUUUGGAACUGCCUAUGAGACAGUGAAGUAAUUUUUUUUAAUAAAUAUAGUUUCCUCAUGAACACACAAUUCUUUUCUACUAGGUGGAUUUUCAAAUUCGUCAUUCGUCAUUUAUUUAUUGAAAAAUGUAAAAAAAAAAGCAUUUACAGUCCCAAAAAAACUAGGAUAUUAUUUAUUGUAUUCUAUAAACAGAAGAUCCGAUUAGUUGAAGGCGAUAGGUUUUCCUUGAAUCAACAUCGUAAGAAAAGGAAGGCGGCAACACAAUGUCGUCUGCAGAUCUGUUUUCCACUUAGAAGGGGGCAAUAUUAGGAUAUCUUCAUGAUUUAUGAGAGCUUUGCUUGAAUCAACAUUGCAUGUUAAUCUGCAAAAUCAAUUUUAAAAAUUACCCAUAAUUUAAAAUUAAAAGUUUAUUUAAUGCUUUCCUACUACUGUGCUGUGUGUCUAUGCUACAUUU